AUGGGACGACGAGGAUCCCGCCGCCGCCGCCUCCGCAAGAGCAUGUUCAAGCAAGGGGGAAACGGCGACGGCGACGCGCGCUGCCCCCCGCACCCCGGAUUCGUCGGCGGGUUCUGCUUCCGCUGCGGGGCCAAAGAGGAGGACGCUGAAGGAGGCGCCCCGCCCUGCCCCGCUCACCGCGGGCUCUCCUUCCUGACGACGGCGAGCAUCCCGCGCGCGUCCGACCUGGAGACCCUCCUGCGCGCAAGGAAGCUGACCCUCAUCCUCGACCUGGAUCACACGCUGCUCAACUCGACGGGGUUCCGCCAGCUCUCCCCCACCGAGGAAAUCAAUGGGUUCACGCGGCACGCCAGGGAUGAUCCCAGCGCGGGCCUCUUCCGAUUGGACGGCCGUACCCUCCGCAUGCUCACCAAGCUGCGGCCGUUCGUGCGAGGCUUCCUGGAGCAGGCGAGCGCCAUGUUCGAGAUGCACGUGUACACCCUUGGAGGUCAGGAUUACGCGAGGGCGGUCGUCAAGCUGCUGGACCCGGACGGCGUCUACUUCGGCGCGAGGAUCGUGUCGUGCGAUGAAUCGACCCGGCAGGACAUGAAGAACCUCGACGUCGUCCCCGGCGCCGAGGCCGUCGCGGUGGUGAUCAUCGACGAUUCGGACUAUGUCUGGCCGGAGCACAAGGAGAACCUGAUCCUGAUGGACAGGUACCUCUACUUCGCAUCCUCCUGCCGGCAGUUCGGCUACAGCGUGAGCUCCCUGGCGGAGCUGAGGCGGGACGAGAGGGAACACGACGGCUCGCUGGCCGUGAUGCUGGAAGUCCUGAAGCGCGUCCACCGGGGGUUCUUCGACUCGGUCCUCGGCGGCCACUGCUCGGACGUCAGGGAGGUGAUCAGGGCGGUGCGGCGCGAGGUGCUGCGUGGCUGCACGGUGGCGUUCAGCCGGGUGAUCCCCCUCGAGUACGUCGCCGGCGACCACCCCAUCUGGAAGCUGGCCGAGCAGCUGGGUGCCGUCUGCGCAGCCAACGCCGACGCCACGGUCACCCAUGUUGUCGCGCUGGAUCCUGGAACUGAGAAGGCGCGGUGGGCGCGGCACAACAACAAGUUUCUCGUUAAUCCGAACUGGGUCAAGGCGGCAAGUUUCCGGUGGUGCCGGCCGAACGAGCAAGAGUUCCCGGUCACCCGUGGACGUUGA